CGCCUCGGGAGCGAAUGAAUAAGGCAGCGCAGACCCGGGCGUCCGAUCCACGCGCGCUCCAUACCCAGGCCCUCUCCAAGUUGGAAAGGACAAAAAGAAGGCAAUAAAUGCUAACGAGGGAGAGAGAGGGAGCCGGAUCGAGCGGCAACUCCCAGACUCUGCUGGAAGAGAGAGGGAGGGAGCCGGAGAGAGCGAGCGCGCGCGAGGGCGAGCCAUGCACGUAAAGAAACUGACACCCGGACCCCCCACUUCUGCUGCACGUUGCUGGCAAUCAGAGCGCGUUUAAGCAAUUUCCUGAGCCCAAGAAUAGCAAUGAGUCGGGAGACUUUCGCGGGCUGAAAUUGGGAGCUCCAAGCACUUUUCCCCCACUUUUUUUUUUCCUGGAGAAGGGGUGGGGGUGCCGCUACAAUUUGGAAACUGCUUUUUUUUUUAUCUUGCACUUUGAAACCGCGGGACUGUGGCGGGGUGCGCGCGUGUGGUUGGUGCCCUUUUUUUUUUCUCCCUUCCCCUGCCUAAACUCCUCUGUCAGCCUGUAAACAUUACCUGCGAAUUCCCCAGCCGAAACGGCGGCUGGGGCAAGAAACUUCUUGUUAGAACUUCCCACCUCCGGCUUCUCCUCCACCCGCCUUACUGUCCCAACCUUCUGAGACGCUUUUUCUCCUCCCCAGGAGGAUUUAUCUUUUUUUUUUUUUCCGUUCUUCUUUUUCUCACCCGGUGCUUUGCAUUGAGAAGAAGUGAUUUCAAGAGUGGCCAGGUGGGACGCCUCUCUCCCCCUCAUUCCGUUUAUUUAUAUAUUUUUUGAGGUGUUUUAUUAUUUUUUUUUCCAUUCCUGUUCGGUCCGGGGAGUUUCGCCCCACGCCCUGCCCGGCUCCGCGGCGCGGAGGAUGGUGUGGAAAUGGCUGGGCGCGUUGGUGGUGUUCCCUCUGCAGAUGAUCUAUCUGGUGGCAAAAGCAGCCGUCGGACUGGUGCUGCCCGCCAAGCUGCGGGACCUGUCUCGGGAGAACGUCCUCAUCACCGGCGGCGGCAGAGGCAUCGGGCGCCAGCUCGCUCGCGAGUUCGCAGAACGCGGCGCCAGAAAGAUCGUUCUCUGGGGCCGGACGGAGAAAUGCCUGAAGGAGACGACGGAGGAGAUUCGGCAGAUGGGCACGGAGUGCCACUACUUCAUCUGUGACGUGGGCAACCGGGAGGAGGUGUACCAGACGGCCAAAGCCGUCCGGGAGAAGGUGGGCGACAUCACCAUCCUGGUGAACAACGCCGCCGUGGUCCACGGGAAGAGCUUGAUGGACAGCGACGACGACGCCCUGCUCAAGUCCCAGCACAUCAACACCCUGGGCCAGUUCUGGACCACCAAGGCCUUCCUGCCUCGCAUGCUGGAGCUGCAGAACGGCCACAUCGUGUGUCUCAACUCCGUGCUGGCCCUGUCCGCCAUCCCCGGCGCCAUCGACUACUGCACCUCCAAGGCCUCGGCCUUCGCCUUCAUGGAGAGCCUGACCCUGGGGCUGCUGGACUGUCCGGGCGUCAGUGCCACCACCGUGCUGCCCUUCCACACCAGCACCGAGAUGUUCCAGGGCAUGAGGGUCAGGUUCCCCAACCUCUUCCCACCUCUGAAGCCAGAGACCGUGGCCCGGAGGACAGUGGAGGCCGUGCAGCUCAACCAGGCGCUCCUGCUGCUCCCGUGGACGAUGCACGCCCUCAUUAUCUUGAAAAGCAUCCUCCCACAGGCCGCCCUGGAGGAGAUCCACAAAUUCUCAGGAACCUACACCUGCAUGAACACUUUCAAAGGACGGACAUAAAGGCACGCUCGGAAGCCACGGAGCCUGCGGGGACUGUGGCCACCUGGGCACACUUCUGUGGGGUGAGCAGGGCUGCCCCCUCCCAGGGAAGAACCCGCCCGCCCCCUAAGCCAGCCACAGGACCUUUGCACAGGACGGACAGGCAUGACUCUGACCCCCAUGGGGAGGCAGGAAACCAGCCAGCAGCCGUCUUGACGCUUUUGUACAUUUCCAAUUCUGUAGAGUUUAUUGUUAAAUCGCUUCUCAAGUCUAAUCAGCCUCAGCAGCGUGCAAAGACUAUUUUCUGGGGGGGGGGGUCUGGGUGCAGAGGUGCUCCCCCGUCCCUCCAGAACCCACUCAUCCUCAGCUUCUGCAAACCGGUGGAGCGGCAGGAACGAAAAAUAAAAGAGAUGGCUUUUGCGA